CACUCCGGUGCACCGGAAAAUGCGGUUUAAAGACACCUACAAUCUGGAAACAAUUCUGCCCGCUGGUUGGAAACGCGAGGAGGUCUACCAGAACGGGCCAUUGGAGGAAAAACGUCACGUGACAGAGGGGUGCCAAUGUUAUUCUUUAAGGGUGUCAAGACCCUGUCAGUUUGUGAAAUAAAUAUUGGGAAACAACGAAAUGCAAAAAGCGACCUACUACGACAGCUCUGCGAUCUAUGGCGGCUAUCCUUACCAAGGAGCAAAUGGUUUCGCUUACAAUGCUAGUCAGCAGCAAUAUCCUCCUCCGCCUCCUUCUUCCUCGCUGGUGGAAACGGAGUACCAUCGACCGGCCUGCUCUUUACAGUCCCCCGGCGGCGGCGGCGGCGGCGGCAGCACCACCGUGUCCCACCACAAGGCCAAUGAAAUCAAUGAGAGUUGUAUGAGGACCAUCACCAGCCAGUCUCUCCAGCCCCCAGUCCUUUCAGAGCAGCCUCAGCCUCAGCCUCCAGCCCCCCAACAGGCACCACCACCUCCACCCCCCUCUGUGUCACCACCUCAGAAUGCCACCACUAAUUCAGCCCCGCCUAGCGCCACCAAGAGCUCCAUCUUGAACUCCACCAUGUCCAAGCAAAUAUUCCCCUGGAUGAAAGAGUCUCGACAAAACACCAAGCAGAAAAACAGCGGCUCCAGUUCAGGUGAGAGUUGUGCUGGUGAUAAAAGCCCCCCAGGGCAAGCUUCCUCUAAAAGAGCCCGCACGGCUUACACAAGUGCCCAGCUGGUAGAACUGGAAAAGGAGUUUCACUUCAAUAGAUACCUUUGCAGGCCAAGAAGGGUAGAGAUGGCUAACUUGCUCAACCUCACAGAAAGACAGAUCAAAAUAUGGUUUCAAAACCGCAGGAUGAAAUACAAAAAGGAUCAGAAGGGCAAAGGCAUGAUGACGUCUUCAGGAGGACAGUCCCCCAGCAGAAGUCCUGUCCCUCCGGCUGCUGGAGGAUACCUGAACUCUAUGCAUUCCCUAGUAAACAGUGUUCCAUAUGAACCCCAGUCACCGCCAUCCUUCAGCAAGCCUCAUCAGAACGCCUAUGGCAUCCCUACGUCAUAUCCGACUCCUCUCAAUAACUGCCCGCCACCACAAAAGAGAUAUACCGGAACUGCAGCAGUAACUCCUGAAUAUGAUUCUCAUCCUCUUCAAGGGAAUGGCUAUGGCAAUCCACAUAUACAGGGAAGCCCCGUCUAUGUUGGGGGCAAUUAUGUGGACACCAUGGCAAAUUCUGGGCCUUCCAUCUUUGGUCUGACUCACCUCCCUCAUCCUUCCUCUGCCAACAUGGACUACAGUGGGCCAAUGGGCAACAAUCAUCACCAUGGACCUUGUGACCCACACCCAACAUCAGACCUUACUUCUCACCAUCCUUCUCAGGGAAGAAUUCAGGAAGCGCCCAAACUGACCCAUCUGUAAUAUACCAUCAGUUACUUAGUGGAUCAUAAAACUCCUCCAGCCUUUUU